CCUCCUCCAGAAGGGCUGGAGGAGGGCCUGGGACGCCGCAGCCUCCCAUCCCUGCGCGCUGCACUGUGGGCUAAAGAUGGCAGCUUCCUCUCCCCCUCUCGGCUCCCCAAUGCUCUGACGGGCGGGCGCCCUCGCUCCCUUUCCCCCGGCGCGUCGGUGGGGCUCCUCCGCCGGCCCCACUUCUCCGAAUCCGCGAUGGAGAAAUGCUCCAGCUGCGAAAGCCUCGCCUCCAAGCCGGCGCUGCCGGCCACCCGCCAGCCCAGCACCGACUCCCUCUCCAGUGCUUCCACCUCUCAUUCAGAUCACUCAGCACAUACCAAAUCAGCUUCGGUCAUCUCGUCGGAUUCUAUCUCCACCUCUACAGAAAACUUUUCUCCUGAUUUGAAGGUCCUCAGAGAAUCUAAUAAAUUAGCUGAAAUGGAAGAGCCCCCUUUGCUACCAGGAGAAACUAUUAAGGACAUGGGAAAAGAUGUUACUCAUAUCUGCCCAUUUACUGGAGCUAUUCGAGGAACUUUGACAGUUACAAAUUACAGACUAUAUUUUAAAAGCAUGGAAAGGGACCCUCCAUUUGUUCUAGAUGGCCCUCUUGGAGUGAUUAACAGAGUAGAGAAAAUUGGAGGAGCUUCUAGUCGUGGUGAAAAUUCAUAUGGCCUAGAAAUUGUGUGCAAGGAUGUUCGGAAUCUUCGGUUUGCUCACAGACCUGAAGGUCGCACAAGAAGAUCCAUAUUUGAGAACUUGACGAAGUACGCAUUUCCGGUGUCCAAUCACUUGCCCCUAUUUGCAUUUGAGUACAAAGAAGUUUUCCCAGAAAAUGGCUGGAAGGUUUAUGAUCCUAUUCUGGAGUAUAGAAGACAGGGAAUUCCUAAUGAAAGUUGGAGAGUGACUAGAGUAAAUGAGCAAUAUGAGCUUUGUGACACCUAUCCUGCCCUUCUGGUAGUUCCAGCCAAUAUCCCGGAUGAGGAGUUGAAGAAAGUGGCUGCGUUCCGGUCAAGGGGGCGCAUACCUGUUCUGUCAUGGAUUCAUCCAGAAAGCCAAGCCACAAUCACUCGCUGCAGCCAGCCAAUGGUUGGAGUGAGUGGCAAGAGGAGCAAAGAAGAUGAAAAGUACCUGCAGUCUAUCAUGGAUUCCAAUGCCCAGUCCCACAAAAUACUGAUCUUUGAUGCCAGGCCAAGCGUGAAUGCGGUAGCUAACAAGGCUAAAGGAGGAGGCUAUGAAAGUGAGGACGCUUAUCAGAAUGCCGAAUUGGUCUUCCUGGACAUCCAUAAUAUCCAUGUCAUGAGAGAGUCAUUGAGGAAACUAAAGGAGAUUAUAUAUCCCAACAUAGAAGAAACUCACUGGCUCUCGAAUUUGGAAUCCACUCACUGGCUAGAGCAUAUCAAGCUGAUUCUCGCUGGAGCUCUUCGGAUUGCCGACAAGGUGGAAUCAGGGAAGACCUCGGUGGUUGUGCAUUGUAGUGAUGGCUGGGACCGUACCGCUCAACUCACCUCUCUUGCCAUGCUCAUGCUAGAUGGCCAUUACAGGACAAUACGAGGCUUCGGGGUGCUGGUGGAGAAAGAAUGGCUGAGUUUCGGGCACCGAUUCCAGCUGAGAGUUGGCCAUGGAGAUAAGAACCAUGCUGAUGCUGACCGAUCUCCUGUUUUCCUCCAGUUUGUUGACUGUGUCUGGCAGAUGACAAGACAGUUUCCCACAGCUUUUGAAUUCAAUGAGUUCUUGCUCCUCACCAUCCUUGACCAUCUCUAUAGCUGUCUCUUUGGGACAUUCCUGUGUAACAGUGAACAGCAGAGAGUGAAAGAGGGCCUUUCACAAAAGACAGUAUCGCUGUGGUCCUAUAUCAACAGUCAGGUUGAAGACUUCACCAACCCUUUGUAUGCCAGCUAUACCAACCAUGUUUUGUAUCCUGUGGCUAGCAUGCGUCACUUAGAGCUUUGGGUAGGAUACUACAUCCGGUGGAAUCCUCGAAUGAAACCACAGGAACCAGUCCACAAUCGCUACAAAGAACUCCUAGCAAAACGAGCAGAACUUCAGAAAAAAGUGGAUGAGCUCCAGCGAGAAAUCACCAACCGCUCCACUUCCUCCUCUGAGAGGACCAGUUCCCCUGCGCAGUGUGUUACCCCAGUCCAGACGAUUGUAUGACAUCAUGCAUGCCGGUCUUCCAAAACCUGAUGCUCUUCCCAAUGUCUUGAUGCAUCCCCUGGCUGGUUUUGAUGGGAGUUGUAAUCCAACACAGUGGGAAAGCAACAGAUUGAGAAAGGCUGGAGCAGACUCUUUGCUGAUGAUCCCUUUUCUAGGAAAGAUACUGAAAUGAUUAGAAACACUUGUCUUGAGUCUAGACACUGUAUUUAUUAUAUUAUAUUUCUCCAGGGUAUUUUAUUACAGCUGUAACACUAUAAGAGGUGAAAACUUUUUUUUAAAAAGACCUCUUAUAUAAUUAAUUUUCUUGUGGGCUAAUUACAAGGAAACUAGCUGCAUGGCAUCUCAAGACAUAACUAUAGGACUUAUUCAUGAGCUCAAGGUCUUUACAAUUGGUUUUUGCUGUGGAGUAAUGCACUUAUACUGGGUGCGUACUUAUUUCAAACCUAGCCACCUCCAGAGAGCCUCAUAGGGACUCCUGAUGCACAUGGUGGACCUUGCUUAUCUCCCAUUUUAUCUUUGCCCACUUAAAAACUGCUCCACAAAACAGAGGGAUUUGCAAGUGGAAUGCAAAUAAUCACAGUGAGUUGCAUGCUAGAAAUGAAGAACAUUAAGAAAUUGCAAUUGUGCAUAUGAGAAUUUAUGCAUUCUUGGCUUCUGACACUUACCAAUGAUAGGCUUUUUUGUGGUCUCUCAGAUUUAUACAAAUAUUACUUCUAAAAGGAGCAAAAGCAAACUCAAAACUUCUGAGGUUAACUGCUUUAUACAGGGAUGAGGAAACAGAUCUGUCAUGCAUGUAUGUUUCUAGCGGUCUUCAUGUAAAGAAAGCAGCCUAUAGGGCAGUUUUUCCCAAAUUGGGGCCCUCCAGAUAUGGAGCACUCCUGGGAAUCUUAGUAGAUUCAACAUCUGGAGAAUGUUUGGUUGAGGAAAGGCCACUGCUAAAGAUGUUGGCAAUUGAAGCUAUAUAUCUAGCCAGCACUUAGGUUGGGGAAAGGUAACUUAGGGGCCAUCCAUGGGAGUAGGCCAAAUGUACACUUUCUACUUCUGGAUGCUGUGACUUGUAAAUCAGGGAGUUAAACUAUAUACCAUGGUUAGCAAAUCAAGUGAUGGUCUCGUUCAUGCAGUGCUGUCAAAAGGUGGACACAAAUGAUCUAGUUUGUUCAGUUUUGCUUUAGCUAUUCUGGUUUGUAAAUCAUGGUUUAUGAUUUAGCAUGUUCCAUGAACACACCAAGAGAUUGAAUAGAUUUAAUUACUUUGCAUUUAAAAACUUAUUGGAUCCCUGGCAUCUCCAGGUGAGUCUCAGAAUGACAGUCUUCAAGACCAUUGCUGAUCAGAGAAGGAAACAGCGUUUGGCUGGAUGAGCCAGUAGUUUUCUCUGCUAAAGGCAGCUCUUCCUACACCUUCAGUAGGCUAAUUUUCACAAGAGGAUGGAAAGAUGGGUUACAGCAGCCAUCCCUAGAUGUGUUGAAGUGCAGCUCCCAGAAUUCUCAAGCAGGAUGCUCAAAGGGAAUGCUGGGAAUUAUAAUCCCACUACAUAUGGAGGGUGCCAUGCAAGGCAAGUCUAAUUUAUAGCUCUAGCGUCACCCUUGCUUCUGACUUCCUUCCAAGUUGUAUUCCCGCAACUUGACUUUUACUGUUCUGCUUUUUGGCUAAGAUCAUCUAUGGUAUCUAUACUACAACUCCCGGCAGUCUCAGCCAGCAUUGCCAACAGCCAGGAUUUAUUAGGUGUGUAGCCCAAGCAUCCAGUGUGUUUUCCAACUGCUUUGUAAAGCUUUUGUAUAUCAAACUGGACUUUAACAUUAGCUCCCUCAAGAUACAGGCCUUAGCAGACAAUUACAAGGACGUGCCAAUCUUACAAAGGACAGUGUAACUUCCCUUUUUGUCAAAGUGCGCAAUUCUGUUUUUGUGAAGUCAUGAUGGGGUGGGACAGGACUGAGCUGUGUCUGGUAGACACGCAACAAAAUGGGAUGGUAACAGCAGACUGUGAAACUUCAGAUUGCAGAUGGGGAGAACUGUUUUUGUAAGGACAAGUAAUAUGUCUAGUAUUCCAGGAAGAUUCAGACAGAAUCCUCACAGUUGUAAUCGAUGGUGGUUCAAUCUAUUCUAGCAUUUCCACCAAGAUAGAGCAAAUCCUUUCCUACAACCCCUUGACUGUAUUAACUUGCCUCAGAUGAUGGCUUUCCUACGUUGUCUUAAACAUGAUUAUUGAUCAUGUGUUGCCUUGAGAAAAGAUACAUUAUAAACUGAAGAGUACAGUGCCA